AUUUAGAGGCACCGAGGAGAGAGAAUCGAAGAGUGAAGGAAUCUCUGAAAAUUAUCAUCCUCCUGAUUCUCAUCCGUUAACCACCACCACCACCGUCAGCAGGAGACGUCCAACUGUCAAUCCCCCUCUCUCCGCAAGAUAAGCACUAAUCGUCAAAUCAACACUGAAAAACUAGCUAAUUUUGUCGCCAAAGGUUUUUUAUCACAAUGUUCCUCACCAAGGAGGGAGUAAAUAGUACUCGUAGGAAGUUGAGUCAGUUCAUUACACACUGCUGCUAAACUUAAUGAUGUCAGUCAAUGUUUGUUUACUCAACACAAACCCACAAAAUUGAGCUCUUUAAACUAUAACUGUGAGUGAGAAGGGGAGUAAUGUGAGAGUGCUGCUAAAUACAGCAAAAACUAAUUAGUUUGUAGUUUGUGAAGGUGUAUGUGGUGAAUAUAAAACAUUAAACAAUAUUCCGUCCUUUCUGGCUAGCUCUGGCAUGACUGCGCCCCAACUUGAUACUUUUUAGCGAAAAAUUCAUUUGCUAAUGUCGGUUCGGUGACAACUGAUUACAACUGAAAUUAUGAGUGUGAUGUUUUGAUGCUGGAUAUUACUGGAAUUGGCAUACAUUAAAAACACGUUAAAAACAUGCCUCUCCCAAUGAGAAGGGUGGAACCUGUGCAUGUGUCCAGGGGAACAUUGCCAGAACGAUUUCGAAUUCAAAAUGACUUGGAAGCAGUGUCUAAUGGAACACUUGCGAAUGUCAUCGUACAACUGAGCUCAUUAUCGCAUCAUGCAGAAGAACUAUUUGGAAAUUUGAUAAGAGUUGAGAGUGAAAUUGCAAAUCGAGCAAAUAAUCUUCAAGCAAGAAUUGAUCGGCUUGCUGUGAAGGUUGUUCAAAUGGACAACAAUCAAGAUGAACUUGGCUCAAUGCAGGAAGCUCUCAACACCAAGCCGUUUCAAAGCUCAAUGUCGUUUGACCAACAAGUUGUGUCAAGAUAUUCCAUGCCAGCCGCAAUGCUUAAAACUUACAAAGUUUGCGAUCAACCUCCUCCACUUGAUAAAUUAAACGGUUAUAGAGACGAUGGAAAAGACGGCUUAAAAUUCUACACAGAUCCAAGUUAUUUCUUUGAUCUAUGGCGUCAGGAAAUGUUAAAAGAUACGGAUAAAAUUGUGAAAAAGCAUCAAUCUAUGGAGCUACACGAGCCUCACAAGCCAAAACAAGAGGGUGGACAAAAGCACAAAAAGAGGGUUCGACAACCUCCAAAUACCAGAGACCGCCAUAGACACAUUGCCAUCGAACAAGGGGAACACAUAAUGCAAGGUCAAGAAUACCAUCGUCCUGCACAGGAGGUUACCGAAGUACCCGAUGGAGUUAUUUAUCAGCAGGAUCCUAAUUCUGCAAUACACAAUAGACAACCACAGUCAGUCGCACGGUCUGGAAGCAUUGAAAUCGAAAAAGGCUAUUCCGAGUCACAAUACGGAAAUGGGAUGGAUACAAAUAGUCGUGGAGACUACCGGUCAAGCCACCUCCUGCAAAACCAAAGUUCGUCAAUGCUGAAUAGAAAUAUUAGUCAAAGCCAAUAUGAUUAUGAGUCUUACAACCACCAAGUUCACAAUCAGUCCCAGCAACGCUACUACCCGCACGUCACGCCUCCUCCGGCAUAUUCCGAUAUGUCAAGUCCAAGUCCAAAUGCUUACUCCAUUAGUUCGAGAUUCUCUAAUAGCGGAAUUGCUGCCAGCUCAACCCCUCGGAAUGGAACGCUGUCCAUAAAUGUCACACCAAGUUCAAAUAGCAUGACAAAUGGAUAUGCAUUCCGACCUUCACAACCUCCUCCUGCACCUCCUCCUAACUAUGUUGGAACACCUCCUAAUCUAAACUCGCAUUCUGCUGGAAGUGUAACUCCAACUCGUUCUGCAACACGUAUGAUGAGCUCCAGAGACACGCUACCUCCACCCCCUCCACCACCUUCAGAUAACGAACACAACCACAUAAAUGGGCAUCAUAAUGGGAUUUCAGUCAUGCCCCCACCACCCCCUAUGCAUGAUGAUGAACACGAGGAUUCGCUUCCUCCACCACCGCCACCUCCAGAUGCUUUACAUCAUCACAUGAAUAAUUCUAUUGAAAACCUUGCCCCUUCACCAGAUCUAGCACCCCCACCACCUCCACCAUUUCCGAUUGGCGAAGCACUGAAUAUUAACAAUUCAGAAAAAUGUAAUCUUUUAAGCAACGGAGGAAUAGGAAAGAAGCCAUUGGAAAAGAAAGUUAUCCCCGUUCCAGCUUGGGAUGGGCGAUCAGAAUUGCUCAAAGCUAUCCGUGACGGGAUCAAUUUGCGUAAAGUGGAGACAAAGAAGGAACCUAACGGUAAAGAAGAUAAGUCUGGAGGAACGUACGGAGAUGUAGCAUCAAUAUUAGCAAGAAGAGUCGCAGUUGAAAUGUCAGACAGUGAUUCAGGCUCAGGUAGUGAAUACGAUUCAGACCAAUGGGAUGAAGCUAGUGCCUGAUGACGCAACGCUAAUGAUGCCUAACGAAAAGGGCACUUACGAACGAGUUCCAUAUGAACAAAUAAUAAUAAUAAUACUAAAAGGAAAAUUGAUUUACCUUCCACAAGACUCAAUUACUACUCAAUUGAUAAAAAUUUAACGUAAUUUCAAAUCCCCCAUGGAUUUGGCUUUGCUAAAAGCAUUUUCUCUGGAAUUACUGUGUCGUCAGUAGAGUUUUAACAACGUUUAUGCCAAAUAGUUAUUACUCUGAAAAUUCAGACUAGAAAUUACUAAAUCAGCGCUGAUAUGAUGGUAAGCUUAUGUACCUAACCAUAAUAUUAUAGGAGCACUACUUACUCGUGUUACUAUUUACUGAAACAAGAAGAUAAUAAUAUUACGUGUUUGUGUUUUGUAUGCGACUAUGGAUAACAAAUGAAAUACAGUGCUUUGAGUCAGUCAUAA